AUGGCGAACACAGGAGGUGGUGCAUACAGUUACUCUCUUACAGUCUUCUCACCGAGCGGUAAGCUUGUUCAAAUUGAACAUGCUCUUGCAGCUGUAUCGCAGGGGACGACGAGUCUUGGGAUCAAAGCAUCAAAUGGAAUCGUCAUUGCAACCGAGAAGAAAACCUCAUCCAUAUUGAUUGACGAUCUAAUGCUCGAGAAAGUUGCUGUAGUCUGCCCUAACAUAGGGAUAGUCUACUCUGGAAUGGGACCCGACUUUCGCGUCUUAAUUACACGGGCACGGAAAAGUGCUCAAGCUUACUGGAAGAUGUAUGGCGAAUACCCUCCAACACGCAUUCUUACACAGGAAAUCGCAAACGUGAUGCAACAAGCUACACAAUCCGGAGGAGUGCGUCCCUACGGUGUUUCGCUUUUGGUUGCUGGAUGGGAUGGCACCCGGGGGCAGCAAUUAUUCCAAGUCGACCCUUCUGGGUCCUUCUGGGCUUGGAAGGCUAGUGCUAUUGGAAAGAAUAUGGUCAACGCGAAAACAUUUUUGGAGAAGAGGUACAACGACGAUAUUAGCUUGGAGGAUGCUAUACAUACGGCGUUAUUGACGCUCAAGGAGGGUUUUGAGGGCCAAAUGACCGAGAAGACAAUUGAAAUCGGCAUCAUCAGUGUCCCGAGCACCGCAGAGCGAGAGGAACCGACGUCAGCGGCAACAGGGAGACCCAAAGCUACCUUUAGGAAGUUGACGGAGGAAGAGAUAAAGGAUUAUCUGGCACUGUAG